UCCAAAACUGGAAAUUAACAAAAUACGUCUAUUGAUAACUAUAAAAAUGUUUGUAAGCUAGCCUGUUUAUAAUAAAAAAUUACAGGAAAAUAACUCGCGUGUAUCAGUGAGUGAUACCAGUAAAUUAAGAUAGUUCAAGAUGACUACAGAAUUAUGCGCUGAAGAUAUAGCUAUUCCAACUUUUAACGUGUCCGAAUCACUGGUGAGGUCGACUUUGAUAGACGCUGAAGCAACUCCUACUUAUACUAAUGUGAGCAGUCGUAUUAGCAAUGGAGGACUGGAGCUAGGCAGACAACUACUCCUAGCUGCUCGUGCCGGAGAGACUUCAAACGUUGUAGAUCUUAUGAGCAAGGGAGCACCGUUUACCACAGAUUGGCUGGGCACAUCUCCGUUGCAUUUAGCAGCUGCAAACGGGCACGCAGAGACGUGUGACGUAUUACUACGGGCAGGGGUCUCCCGGGAUGCUCGGACUAAGGUCGAACGCACACCACUCCACCUCGCAGCUCACGCCGGCCACGCGCGAGUCGUCGAGCUCCUAUUACAAUGGGGUGCCUCACCCCACACAAAGGAUCUGCUACAAAUGACCCCGUUACACUGGGCGGCGUCCAGAGGGCAUUUGGAGGUCGCCCGAGCGCUUCUCAGAGCCGGCGCAGACCCAAAAGAGCGAUGCAAGUUCCGGAAAACUCCACGCUGCCAUGCAGUUAGACAUAAUCAUACUAAAAUGCUGGUGUUGCUAGAUUCAGCUGAGGCGGAACAGCAAGCUGCUGCAUUACAAGAGCAAGUUGAUAAAACGCCAAAGAUCCAUGCUGAGGAAUUAGAAUCAGUGCAAAAAGUGCAAGAAAUAAAGCCGCGUAUUAAAAUAAUUAAGUCAGUUCCUAAACAAUCUACAGAAGAAAACACAAAGAAACCCCAGGUAACAGAGAGUCAGCCGCGCGCGACAGAGGGUGCUGCCGCGUUGCUGCGCGCGCACGGCAUCACGCUGCUGCCGCCCGACGACGGCGGCACCGUGCUGUCAGCGUUACAGAGCGGCCGCACCAUCGUGCUGUCUGACGCUGGUAAGCUCAUGCUCAAGGAGAGUACAGUGGAGUCGAGUGUACCGAGUACACUCGCGAGCACAGUCAGCGCGGCGGCACGGUCGAAGGGCGUGGUCGUCCGAGCCACGCCCGUUAGAGACCCGCCCAAAGGCGUCAAGGUCUUCGCACUGCAGAACAAAGGCAAUUCACAGCCUGUCAAGCUAGUCCAAUUGUCGGAUGUUAAAGGAGCAAAAGCGUCACCACUGAAGGCGAAAAAUCGUGCGCCGGUCAAAAUUAUAAUGAACAAGGCGAGCUUGAACAAACUGUUCACGCAGCCAGUGCAACAGAUCACACAGUCGCAGAUAGGACAAGUGAGGAAACCCGUGAUACAAAUACAACAGGCGCAGCCAACGGCUAUGGAGACUGAACCUCUAGAGUCGACAGGCGAAGAAUCUGUGGUAGACUUGAAAGCGCAGUUGGAAGCUGCGCAUGCGACGAUACGAGAGUUACAAGAGGAAUUGGACGCGACGCGGGCGAGGCUCGCUCAGUACGAACCACCGGACCACUGAUGAUUACUCAAAAUUAAUCAGGAAUCAACGAUGCUAUAAUUAAUACAGUACUGUAAGGUACCAAGCUUAAAUUGUUACGAAGUGAGUGAGUGGCGUAACUACUGAUGAUGUCAGGAAUAAAAUAUCUGCAAUACAGUGCUGAUAUGUUCCAAUCUUAAGUAGGGAGAUGCAAUAUUUUUAUUUUUGUGUUUAUUUUAAAGAACUCCAUGUA